GGGUAAAAACAGACCAAAACGAUUUUGGGAAAGAAAAUUAGCGUGAAAUUUUUGUUUGCAUAAAAUAUUUAAGAUAGUUAGAAAGUCCAUAAACUAAGUUCGUUGAAAGAACGUUUAGCAAAUCAACGGCUGUGUUAUUGGUUUUUUUUGCAACUGGCAAACAUCAAUUAGCGGAGUUCCACAUAGUAGCCAUCGCAAAAUAACCGAAGUAGAAAGGAAAAAAUAAUAAAUUUAACGAAAAAAGAGCCAAUCAGUUUCACAGCAAUUUAAAUCUUUGAAAAGAUGAGCGCCGGAGAAGAUUCCAGUUUACCAUGCACACCACCGGAAGCCCCUGAAGCUCAAGAUCAGGCCAAUCCCCGAGAACUAGAGAAAAUAGAAGAAGAAAAAUUGAAGUCAAAGUAUCCAUCUGGUCUGCGUGGCCCUGGGGGUCAUUCAGCUUUCCUUCAAAAGCGGUUACAGAAAGGUCAAAAAUUCUUCGACUCUGGUGAUUACCAAAUGGCAAAGCAAAAAGGUGGUGGAGUAAAGCAGGUGUUUGCCAAUAAAGUGGCAACUGGUGAAGCAAUACCUACUCCGGAAACGGUGCCUGCACGUAAAACUUCGAUAAUACAGCCUUGUACUAAGUUCCCAACGACGAGUUAAAAAAAUAAGUAGUGUUUGUCCUUAUAAGAAAAAUAUUACUAUAUUUUGUCAAAACAACUAUAUUCUAUUUUAAAUUUUACUUAUCCAUAUUACUCACCAGUUUUCUCAAACUAUAUCGUAUGAAUAGUAUCUAUUAACUGAUUCCUAAAUAACAUAUUUCAAUUUAAAAA